CCACCCCCGAGGAGUGACUACUAUCAUUGACUUGAUUUGCUUCACAAAGAAGGUAUCAAGUCCCUGUUGACUUCUUCUCUAACUUCCUACGAACUGACAAAAGAUCUUCCAGCCUCCUCCAUAAGCCUCCUAAGCCUCAGCUUGUAUAUGAUUUGAGUCAGAGCAUCACUUUUAACCAGUCGCUGCUAUGUCUUCCCAAAACCAGGAACCCCAAUUCAUAUAUGAUGCUUACAUUAGUUUCGGACUGCAGCUCCUUCAUCCUUUUAUUUCAGGUCUCUAUGAUGCACUCAAAAGUGUUGGACUGCAUGUUUUAGCAGACCGCACCGAGCCCAAGACUAAUAUAUCUGACGCAAUCGAACGAUGCAGAGUUUCUAUCAUAGUUUUCACAAUAGCUUAUGCUGAAUCAACCUUGUACUUGCAAGAACUCGUGAAAAUAAUGGAGUGUCAUCGGAGGAAAGUUCAGAAGGUUGUGCCCGUGUUCUAUUGCUUGGAUCCCUCCGAAGUAUGCAAUCUGAGCGGUCAUUUUGGGGAGAUUUUGUCGCGAACUCUGCAAGGAAUCUCAAGGGAUGAAAACAGGAUGUUGAGUUAUGGGACCGCCCUUCGACAAGCUGCUUCCAUUUUACCCAGGUUUCUUCCAGAUAUCUGGAAUAACAGAAAAGUUAUGAGCGAUAUAGUUGGACAUGUUACAUCCUUGAUAGAUUCAGCGAAAUUAUUCAUUGCGAAGCAUCCGGUGGGAGUAGACUCUCGUGUGCAAGAUUUGAUUCAACUCUUAAACAAUCAGAAAGCAGAUGGUGUCCUCAUAAUAGCAAUAUGGGGAAUGGCGGGAAUAGGUAAAACUACAAUUGCCAAAGCCCUCUACAAUCAAAUUAGCCACAAUUUCGAGGCGAGGACAUUUGUCCCAGACAUCCAGGAUAGCAUGGCGGAUUAUACAAGGAGGCGGCUUCAUUUCAUUUUGAGAGACCCAUAUGAAACACAAGCGCAUAACUUUGACUCAACAAGAAAGUUAUGGUGGGAAGGACUUCGUUGCUUAAAGGUACUUCUUAUAGUUGAUAAUGUGAGAAGUGACCUAGAGCUGGGGUUUUUGGCAGUAACUCGUGAAAGUUUUGGUCCAGGGAGUAUAAUAAUCAUCACGACAAGAGCUAAACACGAUCGACUUCAUGAGAUUGGAGUUAAUCAUAUAUAUAGAGUGAAAGAAAUGGACUACAACGAAUGUGUUGAGCUUUUUAGUUGGAGCGCAUUCAACAAAGCCACUCCUGAAAGAAGUUUUUCUGGUCUUAUUAAUUAUGCAAUUGAAUAUUCUGAUGGACUGCCACUGGCUCUUGUGUGUGUUGGCUCUGCUGUAUCUGAAAAAAGUAUACAAGAGUGGGAGAAUGUAUUGGACAGCUUCAAAAGAUUCCCCUUUCAAGAUGUAUGGCAGGUUUUAAAAGAAAACAUAUUUUCUGUUGGAUCUGAUGAUUUAUAG